ACCCAUGUCAAGAAUCCAAGAACACUAUAAAAAACCUUCCCUUCUCACUCUUGUCUUUGCAACAUAAACCUUUCAAACUCCCUCUGUAGUCUAUAGUAUCCCUUCCUCUCUUAUCAGUGCAAAAUGAGUAGAGAGGUUAGUGAGAAGAGACCUGUAAGAGUUGGACCUUGGGGAGGACAAGAUGGAGUUAACUGGGAUGAUGGAGUCUACACUGGUGUGCGGCAAUUGGUGAUCGCCCAUGCCGCCGGAAUCGACUCUGUUCAGAUUGAGUAUGACCUUAAAGGAUCCUCAGUUUGGUCUGAAAAGCAUGGUGGCACUGGAGGCAUCAAAACUGAUAGGGUGAAGCUUGAUUUCCCAGAUGAGCACCUCACUUCAAUCCAUGGCCAUUAUGGUAGUAUCAAUGAAUGGGGUUCUAUCUUUGUCCGAUCACUGACUAUAGAGAGCAACAAGAGGACAUAUGGCCCAUAUGGAAUUGAGCAAGGAAUCCAAUUCUCAUUUCCAGAAACUGUUGGCAAGAUUGUUGGCUUCCAUGGCAAGGCUGGUUGGUAUCUUGACUCCAUCGGAGUUUAUCUAAAACCUAUCUAUAAGCCAAACCCUUCCAAAGGUCUGGUCACUUCUCAAAACUUGGUCACUUCUGCAACUGAAAAGAUCAGUAGCUACACUGUCGUCCAAGGAAGUGUUGGCCAAGAAUAUGAUAUAGUGCUUGCAGUUAAACAGAAGAAUGACAAUGGCAAACCCCAACAGAAGAAGAACUCAACAAAGAGAUCUUCUUCUUCAUCUUCUUCUUCCAGUGAAGAUGAAUCAUCAAAAGAUAAGGUGAUUGGGUAUCCAAUGUAUACCACCAACAAAGUAUCUUCAUAUGCCAAUGGCCCUGUGUCAUAUGGGCCUUGGGGAGGUAACGGAGGAACCAUCUUCGACGACGGUAAUUUUACCGGUGUUCGCCAAGUUUAUCUGACUCGCAACACAGGUGUCACUUCCAUUAGAGUUCUAUAUGAUCGAAAUGGACAAGCUAUAUGGGGAAACAAGAAUGGUGGUGCAGGCGGGAUUAGAACUGAUAAGAUAUUCUUUGACUACCCUUACGAGGUGUUAACUCACAUUAGUGGCUACUUUGGACCUGCAUUGGGGAUGGGGCCUAAUGUGAUUAAAUCACUUACUUUUCACACUACAAAGAGGAAACAUGGGCCUUAUGGGGAUGAACAAGGGACCUUCUUCUCCUCUAACUUGAAAGAAGGGAUGGUUGUGGGGUUCCAUGGAAGAAAGGGAUGGUUCAUAGAUGGUAUUGGGGUUCAUGUACGGGAAGGGAAGUUAUCACUGCCACAACCUCCUUCUCCUACAGUCUCUUUAAACAUGAGCAAUGACUCCGCAAUCACCGAGGCAGUCGGUAGUACUAAAUGGUCCAACAAUUUAGUAAUAGAAAAACGAGCUCCAAGAGAGGAGGUUUCCACCUAUACGGUGGUAAAAGAACCGGCUCCGUGUGGACCAGGUCCAUGGGGUGGUGAUGGAGGAAGACCAUGGGAUGAUGGAGUGUUCCCUGGGAUAAAGCAGAUCUUCUUGACAAGAGGGGAAGCGAUUUGCUCGAUACAGAUUGAGUACGACCGGAACGGGCAAUCUGUUUGGUCUGUUAGACAUGGAGGUAGCAGUGGAGACACAACAUAUAGGAUCAAAUUUGAGUACCCACAUGAAGUGGUUACUUGCAUCAGUGGCUUCUAUGGUUCCAUAUGCAGAGAUGAGCCCAUGAAAGUGAUAAGGUCUCUCACAUUUCAUACCACAAGAGGGACUUAUGGGCCAUAUGGAGAAGAGAUUGGAACCUAUUUCACAUCAACCAAGACAGAAGGAAAAGUGGUGGGGUUUCAUGGAAGGAGUGGUUUGUUUUUGGAUGCCAUUGGUGUCCAUAUGCAGCACUGGUUAGGUGAUGACAGAAGAUCAACCAGGUCCAGCCUUUUCAAAUUGUUUAAUUGAUGAAUGAUGAGUACUAUAAAUUUGCCAAACCCACCUUCCAAAUAAGAAGACAGAUCAAUACUAGUACUACUUUGUGUAAGAUUACUGUACUGGCCCCUUUGUACUGACUAAAAUUUCUUCCUUUUUUAUGCUUAAAGUAAAUAAUACAGAAGAGUUUAUCUUCAACA